UGCCGCUGUUGUUGCUGCUGGUCCAGUCUCCGGGUGUAGCGGUACUGAACCAGUCUGAGGGAAAAGAAAAUAACUAAAUGAGAAUCCGGGUGAACCGGAGCUCAUUAUUGUGGGUAGGGGCUGUCAGCUUACCUCUGGCUGUGGCCUGUGCGGGAUGCCAUAUCAUAUAUACGGUGGGUAUAUAUAGAUAACCAGGGCCGGCUGGUAUCUAGGCUCCCACGGGCAGUUGUUGGGACGUGGACAGCAAGCCAGAGAGCCUCCUGCAAAACCACUGUGUUCUGGCCUUUAUUAUCAUGGCGGCCGUGGAGCUGGAGUGGAUCCCAGAGACCCUGUAUAAUACAGCCAUCUCCGCGGUGGUGGAUAACUAUAGUCGAGCUCGCCGGGAUAUACGAUCUUUGCCAGAGAACAUUCAGUUUGACGUCUACUACAAGCUUUAUCAACAAGGAAGACUUUGUCAGCUGGGCAGUGAAUUUUGUGAGUUGGAGGUUUUUGCCAAGGUGCUUCGUGCUUUGGACAAAAGACAUUUGCUACAUCACUGCUUUCAAGCUUUAAUGGAUCACGGAGUAAAAGUUGCCUCAGUGCUGGCUUAUUCUUUCAGCAGAAGAUGCUCCUAUAUUGCAGAAUCUGAUGCCCAGGUUAAAGAAAAAGCAAUCCAGAUAGGCUUUGUUCUCGGAGGUUUUCUUUCAGAUGCUGGCUGGUACAGUGAUGCUGAAAAGGUCUUCCUUUCUUGUCUACAACUUUGCACUCUUCAUAAUGAGAUGCUUCACUGGUUCCGAGCGGUGGAGUGCUGUGUCAGGUUACUUCAUGUACGAAAUGGCAACUGCAAGUACCAUUUGGGAGAAGAAACUUUUAAACUUGCCCAGAGUUAUAUGGAUAAGUUGUCAAAACACAGACAGCAUGCAAAUAAAGCAGCUUUGUAUGGGGAACUAUGUGCUCUUCUUUUUGCUAAAAGCCAUUACGAUGAGGCAUAUAAAUGGUGUAUAGAAGCCAUGAAGGAAAUAACAAGUAGUUUGCCUGUAAAAGUUGUUGUGGAUGUUCUCAGACAAGCAUCUAAGGCAUGUGUGGUGAAACGUGAAUUCAAGAAGGCAGAACAGUUAAUAAAACAUGCUGUUUAUCUGGCACGGGAGAAUUUUGGUCCUAAACAUCCUAAAUAUUCUGACACGCUACUAGACUAUGGAUUUUAUCUUCUAAAUGUAGAUAACAUUUGCCAAUCAGUUGCAAUAUACCAGACUGCACUUGAUAUCCGACAGUCUGUAUUUGGAGGUAAAAACAUCCAUGUUGCAACAGCUCAUGAAGACUUGGCAUAUUCUUCGUAUGUUCACCAGUACAGCUCGGGGAAGUUUGACAAUGCACUUUUUCACGCUGAACGUGCCAUAGAUAUCAUCACUCAUAUACUGCCAGAAGACCAUCUUUUGUUGGCUUCCUCCAAAAGAGUUAAAGCACUUAUAUUGGAGGAAAUUGCUAUAGAUUGUCACAACAAGGAGACAGAGCAAAAAUUGCUUCAAGAGGCUCACGACCUGCACCUUUCAUCUUUGCAACUUGCAAAAAAAGCAUUUGGUGAAUUUAACGUACAAACUGCAAAACACUAUGGAAACCUUGGCAGGUUGUACCAGUCCAUGAGAAAAUUCAAGGAAGCUGAAGAAAUGCACAUUAAGGCUAUCCAGAUUAAGGAACAACUCCUUGGGCAAGAAGAUUAUGAAGUAGCGUUAUCAGUAGGACAUUUGGCCUCCUUGUACAAUUAUGAUAUGAAUCAGUAUGACAAUGCUGAAAAGCUCUAUCUUCGAUCUAUAGCUAUUGGAAAGAAACUCUUUGGUGAAGGUUACAGUGGACUAGAAUAUGAUUACAGAGGCCUCAUUAAACUUUAUAAUUCUGUCGGCAAUUAUGAGAAAGUAUUUGAAUACCAUAAUAUAUUGGCCAAUUGGAACCGGUUACGAGAUCGACAGUUUUCAGUCACGGAUGCCCUAGAGGAUGUAAAUACCAGCCCAUUAUCAACAGAAGAGGUUGUUCAGUCAUUUCUCAUGUCUCAAAACACAGAAGGACCGGGUUCUUAAAGAAGAGGAUGGAAAAACUUUGGUCUGCUUUAUCAAUUACGUUUUCCUAUAUAACAGGAAAAUAUUAUACUGUGAAAUUGUAAAAAGUUGGAUUUAUACCAUCAAUCCUAUCAUGAUUAGACUGAUAUCUGGACUUCAUGAAAUGUCCCUUAUGAAGUCUACUUCAAGCAAGAGGAUUCAGAAAAAGUGUUUCCAUUUUUGCAGCUCUUUCAGGAAGAUGCAAAUAAAACUGUUUAAGAGUCUAUAAGAGUUGCUUUCUUAAUUUCAAAAUAUUUUUUCUCCUCCAUUUGUUUAACAUGUUUUUUUAGGGUCAGACAUUUUUAUAAAGGUAUGCGGAUGUAGUGCACUCUCUGGAUCUUUUUGGGGAAAUGGCCUUCCCAAAUCACUCACUAAAGAAAAUGUAUUUAUUCUACAGCAUUGUUCACUUAAAUGCCAGCUUUUACAGAAAUAUAUCUAGUAUUCAUAAUGGAGGCGCAUGUAGAACUACACGGCCUCUCCUGGCUAUAUGGACUACUUUAUUAACGCAGUCCUUAGCGUGCUUUUGUAAAUAGACACAACAUAGCAUAUGCCAUUUCUUAGCUGCUAUUCCUCUUUUGAGUCCUUGUGAUUUAUUUUUUUUACAUACAAGUAAACAGCCAGCCAGUCUGUAAGUGUAAGUUCUGCUCAUUACACUGAUGCCUUUAGCUCAACAUGUUACAACCAACUAAUGAUGAGACAGUUUUCAUAUUCAGCAAUAAAUCUGUUAUUUUAUUGAGUAUUAAUUUGAAACGUGUAUGCACCUACUCAAUAGAUUUUCUUAACGUGUCAAUGGCAUUAUUUAUUGUUUAUAAUCUGUUACUAGCCCUCUUUAUUUUCAUUGGUUGAUAGUGUAGAGGUGUUAAUACACUGCACUAUGUAGCAGGAUAAGGGUUUUUGGUGUGUUUUUAAAAUGUGUGGUGGGGGGGGAGAUAUCCCUCAGCGGUUGUCAGUGCCAAGAAGUCCUGCAAUCUUUUGUUUUACCAAUAUACUCUAGAUACCUCAGAGUGAAGGGGCUUGCUGUUAAUUGUUUUUACCACCUUAUGUAAUUUAAGGCCUAGGCUAAAAAAAAAUGGUUUACUCACUAUUGUGAAUUUGACUGGUAACAAAUGGAUAAUUCUUUAUUUUUUUUGGAGCAGGUCAAUAUUUUUUAGUUGCAGAGUCUUGGAAGUAUUGAUAUAACCUUUUAUCCAAGCUUUUAAAAAAAUAUUUGUUUUCCUGCUUCAUCCAUGUCAUUUGGCCAAAAUACCUUAGAAGGUACCGCACAAGCCCAAUUUUAGCACCUGUUUUUAUAAUGCUUUUGCAUACUUUUGGAACUCUUAAUACAACCAUAAUACUUGUUUUAAUAGUUUCUUGUAUAAGUAAUGUUAUCAUGAUCACAAGUGUGCUUCUUUUUUUCUGAUGUUUACAUUUCUAGAAUAUGAUCAUACAGCCAAGAAGCCUAUCGAAAGGAACUUUUUUAGGGACCUUACCAUAGUGUUUAUUAUUAUUUUUAAUGUGUGUAACACUAGUAACACUGUUAUCAUUUAAAAUAGUGUCUAUUGCCUAUACUAAUUACAUAAGACCAUACUGUAGGAUUUUUUUAAGGUUUCAUUUAUAUUUAGUUUCAAGAUUGCUUACUUGAUGGAUCCUUGGAAUAUUACAUUUUUUUAAUAACAAUCUUUCCUGCUCUGUUUCCGAGGCUCACACUCCAGACAGAUUUUUAGGAUGAAUUUUAGCACUGGAGAUAUUAUCAGCUGCUCACAUGUGGUCAUAAAGUACUGAUCGGGGUUCUGAGGACUAGACUUGGGAAACCCUGCUUUAUACAGUGAGAUGCCUGUAUAUCAAACAAUGUAAAGCUUAAAAAAACUAAACUUCAAAACAAAUUAGAAUUGUUCUGAGAGCAUUGAGAGAGAGAGAGGAAAAAAAAGGUGAACCACAUGUAUGAGUGAGAAAUAUUCAUAAUUUUGUUUGAGGUUAUAGAUUAUUUAAACUUAAAUUUGGAUAUGUUGGGGGGUUUUUGUAAAAAAUAAUUUUAUUAAAAAAAAAGUGGGAAAUGGGACCAUCCCCUUUUCAAAAAAAAUGAAGAAAACUAAAUACAAUACAAAGUCAGUCAUAUGUUUUACAUGUUAUUGUGGCUAUAUUUGCCUAAAUUAUACAAUAAAAUCCUAGGGUACAUGUUUGGGGCAUUGUAUAAUGAGAUUUAUUAACCCUUAGUAUUUAUUAAUAGGUAUAUUGGCAUCCGAAAUAAAAAUAAUUAAUUUUAUAAAUGUUAUACCUAACUAUAAAUUCAGUUAUGUUAGCAGUCUAAAUGAAUUGUGCUUAAUUUACUAAAACAUCAUACUUGCAAACGUCUGUGGUAAUGAGAUGUAUUCAUCUUAUUCUUUUUUUUUUUUUACAGUUGUCCUUAAUUUCAACAAUUAUUCUCAACAGAUUUUUAAAAAGCACACCGUCUUUAUUAAUUGUUGCUUUUAAAAGGACAGAUACAAAAUCUUCAUAUAAAUCAAAUACAGACCUAUCCUUAUAGGUGAGACCGUAAAAGGUUUCUUGACCUUGUUUGUUGUUUUCCUGAAAGGUGUCACAAUCAAGAGUCAACUCUGCUUCUAGAAUUUCUACUGGCAGAAUCUACUUGGCUUCUAAUCUUUUGUAUUUGGCUUUUAGAUAUUUUAUUGAAGCUUUAUGUAGUAUUGUACUGAAACAGUUGGUCUGCAAUACGGUGAUUGUGUCAUUGUUCUAUUUUUAAUAUAAUUAAACACCAGCAUGAAAGAUUGACAGCUGCAUGAAAUUGUAAAAGGACACUGUUAGCAUUUUACAAGGACAGUGUAGUAUUCAAAACCACAAAUGACUUCUUAAUCAAUUUAUUCCAUAAAUUAAAUAUUACAAUAUGAAAUCUACUAGGCAUGUGCAUUUGUGUUGUUCGGAAGGAAACAAAUGCUGAAGAUGAUAGCCACCAGCGGGAUUUGGCUCUUUUCGUAUUUGGAUUUCUUCUUGUAAAAGUGCAUAUCACUAAGAUCGGGAUUUUCUUUCACAAGAAGAAAUCCAGCUGCGAAAAUUGCAGAAUGUUGCCCGUAGCCGCCAUCCUCAGCAUUUGUUUUUGCCUAAAAUCUACUUAUUUAUCCUUUUCUCUCUUUUUAAUGGUCUGUCAUAAGUUGUCAUGGCGGAUACAGGCAGGUUACUUCCAUGCGUGAGCAUUAAACAAAAUACAUUGCUAGGGUUUAUUUAUAGAAUAGUAUAUUGCCGUUUCUAUUACACUGUCCCUUUUAAGUUAAGGCACCUAGCAUUAAUGAAAACAUGAAUGGGUGUUUAGUCCCCUUUUUUUGAAUUUUUCUGAAAAUCUUUUCAGAAGAUAGCACAGAUGGAUACAUUAGGCAUUUAAAGCUAAUAGAAUGUAUUUGUUUAUACUCAAAAAGUGCAUUUGAAAUGCUUUUUAAUAUUCUUUUUACUUAAGGAAAAUCCUUUAUUAUUUUAUUAUACCCCAUCCCCUUCUACUGGGGGAGUAUUGAGAUUUAUCUUUAGUGUAAUAUAUAUAUAUAUAUAUAUAUAUAUUUUCAUUAUUUGAAUAUUGCACUCAAUAUUUAAUUUGUUUAAUUCGAAGUGCGUUCAAAUGUAAAACAAAAUUGUAUGGGAGAUUUUACACUAAGUAUCAAAACUUAAAAACAGGAUUCAAAAAAUGUUGGUGCUGACACAUUUCUGGUUUAUUUAUCAUUUCUUUACAGUUAAUCCUGAUAAAUAUGAUUCUAAUUAACUUUAUUAGCAAUAAUUUGUCACCACAAUUUCACUUUUCCCACAUUUUCUCAUUUCUUUGCGGUUUGAAAAAUAAAAUUGCUUUCUAUUCCCCUUAUGUAGCAAGUUGAUAAGCAGUGCCCCACGGAGAGAAUGAAGAUUAAAUUGUUGCUGCUCUAGUUAGUGUGUGUUUGUGUAUACAGGUGAAUGUUAAUGCAUAAUUUUUUUUGUGCAUCAUCUUUUUGCUUUUUUAAAGAGGGAGGAAAGAAUGUAAAUCUCUGCAAGACUUUUGUUCAUAAAAAAUUAUGUCCACAAGGUACUUUGUGCUUUUUCUCUAUGAUGAAGGCAGUUAUUGAUAAUAGAACAUUUUACUUUUGAUUAAUAGAUAAUGUGAGAUGACUAUAUGCUUAUGUAAUGAGAAUGUAAACCUGAUUUUACAAGACGUUGCCUUAACUAGUAGACUAGGCAUUUUGUUUUAUUGCCAGCACAUUGUAAUGCAAACUUUGUAAUAAGAUUUUUCUUGCACCUACAUCUAUCUAUAGGUUUAAAGGGACAGUAAAUUCAAAAUUAAACUUUCAUAAUUCAGAUAGAGCAUGCAGUUUGAGAUGUUUCAGUUAACUUCUGGUUUCAAAUGUACUUUGUUCUGAAAAGCAUAUCUAGGUAGGCACAUGAGCUGAAAUGUACUAAUGUAAACUAGCUGGUGGUUGGUGGCUACACAUGAGUCUUAACUUUGUCUCACCAGUUGUGUUCAUCUAGCUUCCAGUAGUGCAUUGCUGACCUUUAGCUAUGUGUUUAAUCACUCUGCAGAAAUUAAACACAUUAAAGCAAUAAUGCAAAAAAAAUGUUCUAACACUUUAGAGCAUUUUCUUUUUCCAUUUUUAUGUCACUUUAUGGCGUUAUUGUUUACUCACAUUAAAGCUAGAGUCCAGCAGAGAGAAUUUUAAAGGGACACUCAAGUCAAAAUUAAACUUUCAUUAUUCAGAUGGAGCACACCGUUUUAAACAACUUUCCAAAGCACUUCCAUUAUCUAGAGGUGCACAAUCUUUUUAUAUGCACAGUUUGAGGCACCAGCUCCUACUGAGCAUGUGCAAGAUUCACAGAAUAUACAUAUGCAUUCUGGGAUUGGCUUAUGGCUGUCACAUGAUGCAGUGUGAGGAAAAUAUAAUUAACUUUAACAUUUAUCAGAAAGAGAUCUACUACUCAUUUGAGAUUCAAACUAAGUGUGUUUGUACUGUCUUUUUAUAAUGCAUGUACUGAUUAUGCUAUUCUUCUGUGUUAAGUGGUCAUUUAAGUAUUAUUACAAUCACCCGCUAGCUUAAGAAAAGAAACUUCACAUGCAUUGUCAAAUUACUUAAAUAGGACUGCUCUAUAAACAUUAUGGUUUGCUUUAAAGUAGAUGAGAUAUCAUACAUGCUUAAAUAAAUAUCAAUUUUCCAGAGGGUUUCUGGGUUCAGAAUGUCUUGGAACAUAAUGCAUGUCUAUUGCUUUUCAGAAUCGAGUGGUUGACUUUGCUGGAACUUGAGUUAGUUUAGUGGAUUCUCAAACUACCUUUGGCAAUCCCCCCAAUUCAAAAAGAAACCAGCUAUGGGAAGAAUUAAUCAUAUAUAUCUACAUCUUUGUUUAACCAUUAUGCCAAAACAUUUUUAUUUGUGAAAAACAAUUAUGCUGUGAAGCCAUAAUAAAAAAAAAUUCUUAUAGGUCCAAAUUGCAUUUUUUUUUUUUGUAGAAAACAUCAUUAGAUAAUCUUUUCUAAGGUCUAGAAUAUACUGUAUACCCAGGUCAAGAAACAAAUUGACAAAUAGUUGGAGACUCACAUAUUUAACUGUGUACAGUAGAAUGCUCUCCCCAUCUAAGAUACCUUGUCAAUAUCGUCACUCUAACCUCAUAACACUGUGAUGAUGCUGCUUAGAAAGUCCAGGCUUUGUCAUCAAUUAAGCCUCGUCAGCACUCUCACCCAUGAAUCAAUCAGGAAAUAAACCAACCAUGCAAAUGCAAUCAAAUGUGUAAAUAUAAAUUUGUUAUAUAAAUAGUUGGCAGGAUUUGGUAAUAUAUCUUUUUUUUAAUGGAUACAAUGUUGAACAUAAUUGAUUUUUUUGUGUCCUUCUGCAAAUGUAGCAUUUGAUUGUUCUGUUAAUUGAAAAAUGCAAAAUAACUAGGCUUUAGGAGCCAUGUGAAUUCUAUGCAAAAUGUAUUUGGUCAACCUUUUUCAAAAGAACUGCAAAGUGCAGGCAAAAGACGUGUUCUUCAAGUAGGUAUGAGUAGGUUGUGUUUUGGCUAAUAUAGGGUAAAUGUAAGUUUUAUACAAAUAUUUUGGUUCUCUUACAAUUCGAUAAUAGUUGGGGACUUAAAGGGACACUAAACCCAGUUUUUUUCUUUUGUGAUUCAGAAAGAGCAUGCAAUUUAAAGCAUCUUUCUAAUUUACUCCUAUUAUCAAAUUUUCUUCAUUCUCUUGGUAUCUUUAUUUCAAAAGCAAGAAUGUAAGUUUAGAUGCCGGCCCAUUUUUGGUGACAACCUGGGUUGUUCUUGCUGAUUGGUGGAUAAAUUCACCCACCAAUAAAUAAGUGCGGUCCAGGGUACUGAACCAGAAAUUGUCUGGCUCCUUAGUUUAGAUUCCUUCUUUUUCAAAUAAAGAUAGCAAGAGAACGAAGAAAGAUUGAUAAUAAGACUAAAUAAAAAAGUUGCUUACAAUUGCGUGCUCUAUAUGAAUCACAAAAGAAAUAAAUUUGGGUUCAGUGUUCCUUUAAUGUCCUUUUAAAGGGACAUGACACCCAAAGUCUUUCUUUCAUGAUUCAAAUAGAGUAUACACUAUAAAAAAAAACUUACCAGUUUAAUUACAUUGUAUCCUUUAUUGAAGAAUCAGCAUUGCACUACUGGGAGCUAGAUAAGCACAUUGGGUGAGCCAAUAACAGGAGGCAUAUGUGUGCAGCCUCCAAUCAACAGCCAGCUCCAGAGCCUACCUAAGUAUGCUUUUCAACAAAAGAGAAUGAAGCAAAUUAGAUAAGUAAAUUGGAUAGUAUGUUCUUUAUGAAUCAUGAAAGAAUAUUUUUGGGUUUCAUGUCCCUACUGAGAUAUAUGCCUUUUAUAUUAACAGAAAUGUUAAAGUGGAAAUCUGCCUCAUUUGUGUAUUGUUACUAUUUGUAUUAAUUUUAAAGCACCAGCUUAUUCUGUAGUGCUUGGUACAUGAAAUUCAUAGUAAAAAAGAAAUUAAAUGAGUACAGGGAGAGGUGAAGCGCUUGCUAGCAUUAUCCUGUACGUUGAGUCUGUCUAAUUUGCGCUGAUUUCUGAUUUAUUUAUUUUUAAUAAGAUCUCACUGCAUAACCCACUGCAUUUUCUAUACAUUCCAGCAAGCACAUUAUGAAAUAUUUAUGCUUUCAUUUCCCAGGGUAAUUCCCUUUCAGCUUAAGAAAAUGCAUUUUAGUUGCUUUAACAUUUUCACUGUCAUCGCCGGUAAUACAGGCCUUUUAGUCAUUUUUGUUUUUCCUAGAAGUUUUUUUUUUUUUAUUAUUAUAGACGUUUUUGUUUUUCGAAGUUGCUUUUCUGAAUUUAAUAUUUUUAUGACAUGGUUUACAAAAUAGUGUCUUGUUUACCUGUAAUUUAACAGAGAUCUCAUUUCUACACUUUUAAAAUCUCAACAGUAAGAUAUCGUACAGAUUAGCAUACAGAAACUGUCAUCUACAAACCAUGGUGCUAUAUUGAGGAUGAGAACUCAAAUUUAUGCAGAUGUGUAAUAAUCCAUUCACAAUAAAGGAUGUUCUGAUCAAUUUAAUCAUUUAAAAUGGAGUUCAAAAUCUUGUUUAGUAUUUUUAGGCUUAAUAAUUUUUUAACAAAAUUAAAAUGAUAGAUAUUAAAUAUGGAUGUCUUAAUUUAGCAAAUUUACAAAAAAAAACAUAAUAUACAGUUUUACACUAUUCAGCACAGUUUUGCUGAAGGAUACACCUGUACAUUAUGGGUACCCUCAUCUUACCUGGUAAACACAUUGUACCUUGAAAUUAUUGCUUACAUAACAAUUGUUUCAAAUGUGGAAUUAAAGGUCAAAGGUUCUUCAUGUCUUCACUGCCAAAGUGGUUGCACAGCUUUACUGUCCUCUCUAGAAACCAAUGGAUUUAUUGUCUGCUUGCAAUCAACUAGUGUUGAGGCAUCUAUCAUUGUAAUGAGACAUUUCUUUAGUGGUAUCAUUUUUAUACUAUUUGUUGCUUUUAACAGGAUGUGCAUACUUUUCUUGAUAGUGUGCUAUGUAUUGGAUUUGUGCUGUGUCUGUUUUUGUAGAGGGUCAAGGAGGCAAGAGUUUAGAUUAAAUAUGCAUAAUUAAUAUGAAAAUUUAAAUUUUAUCUUAUGAAUUACAAUACUGAAAGCCACAGUAGUAAUACUUUUUACGCAUAUAAUUGCUUCUCAUAGGAACUCUUUUUCCUGAGUUAUGGGUUAAACAUAGCUAUGUCACAAAGAAUGGAACACAUUUUUCAUUUCCCUGCUGCUCUAGGGUGUAGACAUACAUGUUGAUGUGUUUAGAAAGUAAAACGCGUAUGUGGAGCUUUUGCUUUUGUGUGCUUGGUCUAUGUAAUUGGUCCUUGAUCAUCCUUGGGUUUCCUCAUUUUCAACAGAUGUGGAAGCUGCUACCCUGGGAGCUCAAUAACAUCUAAUUGAAAUCCUAAAUAUCUAAUGCAUGAGUGGCCUUAGUGCGUUUGUUCAAGUGCAAAUUUAACUUUUUCUUUGUAAAUUUUAACAUGAAGAAAAAAAAUAUAUAUAUAUAUAAAAUAUAUAGUUUCUAGAAAGCUGGUGCACAAGUUCAGUGUUGGUUGAAAAUUGUUGUUGGGACUGUUUGUUUGAUAUAUAUAUAUAUAAUAUCCCAUCAGAUGGGAAACAGUAUUUCCACAAUAGUCUAGAUUUUACACACAAUAUUUUAUAUCGUGUUUAAAAAGGGAGGUCAAAUUAAUGUUAUAUGGUAUCUGUGUAGAUAUAUAUUGUAUGUAUAUGUGUGUAUGCGCGUGUGUGUUUCGAUAUAUAUAUAUAUAUAUAUAUAUAUAUAUAUGUUUGUGACACACACAAAUAUUUACACAUAUAAGCUCCAGUGCUAUUUUCAUACUAUGUACGAAAAGGGGUUUUGAUGUCCUUCCUGAAUUGAAUAAAAAAUACUAAAUUGUUUGGAAUCUUUAAAAAAAAAUAAAAAUAAUUAUACAUAAAAUCUGCUAAUUGUGCCACACUUUAUAUAAACAUAUCUUGAUGUUCUAUUUAUGUAAAAAAUAACUUUCAUACCAUUCUAUGCAUAUAUCAGUGCACAGAUAUUUGUAAUCAGGAAACCAUACUGAAAUGUUUGUAACCAACUUUGUGAGAAUCUGUAAUUGCAUUGCAAAAAAAUCUUUAUUGACCUAAUAAAUAGUGUUCCUGCUAUAA